GACCCCUAGACCUGCAAUAACAUUGUACAAUGCAUUUUAUUGUACAAUAAAAUUGAAUGGCGCAUUGAAUCCAAACGUUCAAUUAUAUUGCACAAUAAUACGAACUGUGCAAUGUUUUCGAGUUCAGUCGGAGAAUAGUUUGAUACCGUGUGCAUCGUGCGUAAUAAAGCAACAUGUCUGCACAAGAUUUAGCGGCAGCUGUAGUGUUAUUGCUUGUGGCUAAGCGUAAACGUAAACGAACACGUUGUUGGUCGAAAGAUUGGUACACGAAAAGACAAAAAUAUACUCAUGAAAAUCUCUUAAAAGACUUGAUGUUAACUGAGGAAGCAGACUUCAAAAAUUUUGUACGACUGGACUUGGAACAGUUUCAAGAGCUACUAGAAUUGGUCACGCCAUUGAUUGAGAAAAAAAAUACAAACAUGAGGGAAGCAAUACCACCUUUUCAACGGCUUUCAAUAACAUUACGGUAUCUAGCGACUGGGAAUACUCUAGAAGAUUUAAAGUUUCAUAGUGCUAUUGCCCCACAAACUAUUUCCUUAAUAAUUACGGAAACCUGCGAUGCCAUAAUUCAUGUUUUAAAGGAAUUCAUCAAGCUACCACAAACUGCCGAGGAAUGGGAACGAGUUGCCAAGGAUUUUGAGAGCCAGUGGAAUGCUCCUCAUGUAAUCGGUGCUAUAGAUGGCAAACACGUGGAAAUAAAGAAACCUCCUGGUUCUGGAUCAUACUACUAUAACUACAAAAAAACAUUCAGUGUUGUGUUGAUGGCGGUUGUAAAUGCUAACUACGAGUUCAUUAUGGUUGAUGUAGGGACUAAUGGACGUGUAUCAGAUGGAGGUGUGCUGCAGAAUACAACAUUUGGAAAGCAAUUAAAAAAUAAUGCUUUAAAUAUCCCACCACCUGCAUUGUUGCCUGGAAGUUCCCGAAAACUCCCAUACUUUUUUGUUGGGGAUGAUGCCUUUCCAAUGUCUCAAAAUUUAUUGAAACCAUAUAGCCAAACUAGGUUAACAAAGGAAAAAAGAAUUUACAACUAUCGAAUAUCGCGAGCUAGAAGGAUGGUUGAAAGUGUUUUCGGUAUACUAGCUACUCGUUUUGGAGUAUUUCAAAGAGCAUUUCCUUUUAAUCCUACAAAAGUAAGGAAAAUUGUUUUGGCUUGUUGUUAUCUACACAAUUUUCUGAGAAAAUCCCGUUCCUUCUUAUCUCCAUCAUUCAUGUUUCGUGAAGAUAACGAAUCAGGAAUAAUACACCCACCAUCACUGGAAGUAUUUCAGUUGCCACAAUUGAAAAAUAUCAAUAUAAAAAAUUCACUGAAUAUCGCCAAGCAAGCACGUGACGAAUACAAUGAAUUCUGUAACAACGAAGGUGCAGUUCCCUGGCAAGAGAAAAUGGUUUCGUAAAACACACCUACUACUGUAUUCAUUUAAAUAAAAUAAAUUAAAAUUUA